UGAGCCCCGCCUCCCGUGACCCUGGCGCCCACCUCGGGCCUAUUUGUCCCACCCACUCGGGGCAAGAACGCGGGCCCUCAGACUCAGGACGCGAUGGCCGCCCCGGCCCUGGCCCCGAUCACGCGGCAGGUCAGCGGCCGCACCGCCGCAGUCCCGGUCCCGAGCGGCCCCGAGCGCGGGCAGCCACUGGCCGCCUCCGUGGCCGAGCUCCCCGUGCUGGACGCGAAUGGACGGCGGGUGCCGUUCGGCGCGCUGUUCCGGGAGCGCCGAGCCAUCGUGGUCUUCGUGCGGCAUUUCCUGUGUUACACCUGCCAGGAGUACGUGGAAGAUCUGGCCAAAAUCCCCAGGAGUUUCUUACAAGAGGCAAAUGUCACCCUUAUAGUGAUUGGACAGUCAUCCUACCAUCAUAUUGAGCCUUUUUGCAAACUGACUGGGUAUUGUCAUGAAAUCUACGUUGAUCCUGAGAGAGAAAUUUAUAAAAGAUUGGGAAUGAAAAGAGGUGAAGAAGUUACCUCCUCAGGACCGAGCCCCCAUGUAAAGUCAAACAUCUUCUCAGGAAGCAUGUGGAGCCUGUGGCGGGCGGUGACCGGCCCUCCUUUUGAUUUUCAAGGAGACCCAGGUCAGCAAGGUGGGACCCUCAUUGUAGGUCCAGGUCACUACAUCCAUUUUAUACACCGUGACAGGAAUAGACUGGAUCACAAACCCAUCAACUCUGUUUUACAGCUUGUAGGAGUCCAGCAGGUAGACUUCACAGGCAGACCCUCAGUCAUCCAUGUGUGACAGACAGACUGUCACUUUCCGAUGGACCCUGAGACAUGGCGCGAAAUGUCGGAGUAUAUCCUUGUGCAGUGUCUACUCUGUCAGCCCUUGAGGAGUUCUGAAAACAUAGAGACAUGUACCCGUUGAACCGCAUGCUGAGAGGCAUUGAUUGUCAAAAAAUAUGAUGUAUAUUUAUAAUUUUAUGGCUUUUAAAGUUUUAAACAAAAUUUUAUUUAUACAAAAUAAAACUUUUGUGUGUUUUUUUCUUUGUUACUCCUCACUCGAGAAUAUUUUCUCCAUUCAUUUACACAGAGAGUGGAAUGGAGGAGGAGAGACAGAGAGAGAGAGACAUCAAUUGAGAGAGACACAUCGAUUGGUUUCUCCCGCAUGGACCCUGACCCAGAGCUGGGAUCAAGCCUGCAACUGAAGUAUGUGCCCUUGACUGGAAUUGAACCUGCAACCCUUCAGUCUAGGCCAGUUCUCUAUCCAUGGAGCCAAACUGGCUAGGGCCAAAAUAAAACUUUAAAACCCAUAAAAUUGUAAAUACUAUUCUUAUAUUAUGGUAUAUUCAUUCAAUGUAAGGUUUUGGGGGGCCAUAAAAAGCAUAAAUCCUUAUGAAGAACAUAUAAGGGGAAAGUUAAGCAACUCGACAUAAUUUUAUCCAGUGGAAAACAAGUUUAAAAAAGGAUAUUAAAUUCUUAUCUAUUAUUAUAUAAUCA